UUUAGACUCAAGGACAGCCUCUACCUUCAUGUCCGCAACCGCCUCUGGGAUUGAUGACGCUAGCCAUCUUUUCCACCCAUCAAGGUCUGGUAUCGACGUCUUCCCCUCGCGAAGGAUUGAGAUUAGUACUUUUCCGUCCGCCAGCUCGCAUAUUCUUUCCGGAGCUGUAAACUUCUCUUGGUCCUCUGUAGAGAGGCCGGAGGGUGAUGGUCGGCUUUUCGGCGCUUGCGAUGUGGAUAGGGGUAUAGAACAGUUUGCUGUCGUAUUGGUUGGCCUCCUUCGCCAGUUUGGCGUGGAUUUGGGCUACUGUUAAGGUGCAGUAGCUGAGGGCCGCAAAGUCGAUGCUGCCAAGUAUUCAUGAAAGUCAGUGCCCAUAGCAGCCGCGGUCGAAAAAAAGAUGAGUCUAGGAAAACUGAAGUAUUGGCAUGGCGUAUUGUUGCUAAUUCUGCUUCCACGAAAGCCCAUGGGAGGCUCGGGGCUCUGGGGCUUGUCGCGCCAUUAUCUUCUCUGUUAGCAUAUCUCGCUAUAUCUAUCUGUAGGGGGAAGAACGGACGAUGACAG